CAAAACCGUCCAGUCUGUCCCAUUACUAAAGAAUAAGCAGAGUUCUCAGUCUACAAAGUCUGAAAUCAAACAAACAACUCCUAGCAAGAAGAAAAGUUCAGAGCAACCUGCAAUCCAAAAAACUCCAAGUCAAUCACUAACUGAAUGUGAAAAUCCACCAAGACGGACAUCACCUAGGUUUAAGAAUAGGUCAGAGGAAAGAGACCAUACUGUUGAAAAGAGUACUCCAACACGAUCAUCACUUAGGAAAAGAAAAGUGUAGUUGAACCGGAAAGCGACUCAUAAACUCAACCAUUCCAGUCCAUAUCAGAAGCAUCUCAAACUGCACACUCCAAAGAAGUUAUUCAGAAGCAAAAGAUAGUAAAGCGGAAAUUAUACCAAUCAGGCCCAUGUCCAAAUGUCCAAAUCAGGAAUCCAAAUGAUACCUUCUCUGAUAUGGUUGAACAAGCUGAAGAAUAUGAAGAGGAACCGGAACUGGAGAAUGGUGUUGCUGCUGAAGACAAGGAAAUGGAGAAUGAUACAGAGAAUGACAUACAGCAAAUUAAAAUGAAACAAGAGAUGAGGUUGUUGAAGGAAAAGAGAAAAGAAAUCAUGUUCCACAUGGCCCAAUGCGGAUGGAUUCACUAGGGCUAACAGGCGACAAAUCCCAAAAGCCAGACAAAGCCACUGUUAGCUUUAACAAUAAAGAUCAUCCCAUUGGUGACCCUUCCGUCCAACUUGCAAGUGAGUUGGGAGUUUUAGUAAGGCGGAACAUUCCAUUAACAUUCAAGGAUGGGAGAACGGUCCCUAAAGAAGCCAAAGCUAAUGUUUGGAAGAUUAUCAAGGUAAUUUCUUAACUCUUAAACUCUUUACAUCUUUAUCUCUUUUAACCUUCAAUAUUAACUUAACUCCUUUACUGUUAUUUGCAUAUGAGGUUCAUUGUUGAUGAUUUUUACAAGGACUACUAUUACGGGAAGAUGGGUUGUUAUCUUAAAGAGGCUGGGUCUAAGAAAGCCGGUAAGAUACUCUCCCUAGAUGAGUUGGAAGAAGAAGAAAGAGAGAAGAGGUUGAAAGCACUUAAACCACAAAACAUGUCAGACAAUGAGUGAUAAGAGUUCGUGAAAAAUGUUUGCUCGGAGGAAUUCAGACUAAGUUUUUGUAUCUUGUAAUUUUUUACAUUAAGUCCCUUGUACAGUCAAUGUUGUUAGUGAUAUCUUGUUACUUAACGGCAUUUCACUACUUUGUCAGUCAAAAAGGCUCCAAAUGCAGGAAAUUUGGCAACAUCAUACUACCCCACACACUAUCAGUUGGAAAGGUUACGCUCGACUGGAGGCGGAAAUGCAAAAGAAGCAUAACACAGCUGAAGAGAUUGAUAGAGUUGAAUUGUGGAAAGUGGGUCACAAGCAGAAGGAAGGAAAGGAACCACAUCCGGGGGUUGUUGAGGCUUUUAUGAUCUUCUUGUCAAAGGUCUUGGUGAUGACAAACCAGGUCGACUCAAAGGAAUAGGGUUUGGAGCUACAAAGACAAAGAUGGUUGUCAAGUCCCAUUACAAGAAUAUCAUUAACGAGUGUCGGGAAAAUAUGGUGGAAUUGAAUGGGAGACUUAAGAUGUUAGAGGAAAAGACCUCGAUAUGUGUCUACUUCCAAAAUGGAUCACAUUUGAAAAAGGCCAGUCCAAAUUCUGGAAAUGCUAGUAACAACCAUGUUAGCACUAGCCUGGUCCGUGACAAUGGCAGUUCAUUGAGGAUAACAAAUGUGGUGCAACAACCAGUGGGAGUUUCAGGGAAGAUUAGAUCUUGCAAGUUACUCAUUUGGUACGUCGAGGGCGAGAUUGUGGUUGAAGCAGUUAUUGCUGAUAAUGAUCCGAAGAAGUUAAUCCAUGGAAUGCCAAUGGGAUUUGGAGCUUACAAGGUAUCUGUGACAGCUUCUCUUGUGGAUGAUGCUCUUCUCUACAGGCAAACCAAUGAGUUGAAGUAUAUCCAAGACGCUUUAGGAACUUACAUCUCAUGGGCCAAGGAUCUAAUAUUGCUUGACUAGCCUUCUUAAUCUUCUUUAGGAGAGUUUCGGGAAACUUUGUUCUUUUUUUGUUGCUCUGCAAGUAGACAAAACAUUUUUAUGGUCAUUGGAUUUCUGGAAUGGUUGAAUGGUUAAAAUGUUUGAAUGAUCUAAAACUGGUUAAGUGUUUGAAUGGUUUAAGUGUUUCAAUGUUGUAACAUUUUAAUGGUUUGCAUCUUAAUGAAUGCUAGUAUAUUUGAA